AUGUUAACUACCUUAAAUAGUGGUCACAAGUACGCUCAGUCGUUUCAGUCAUCCUUCGAUCUGAUGCUCGAAGAGUAUUCGGAGGUCAUUCAAAUAAAUUUGGAGCUUCUGAAGCAUAAAAAGGUCGAUAUCAUCUUGGUGGCACCUGCCAUACAAUUGACAAUACCGUUCGUUGAAUCUCUGAUCAGCAUUUUAUCGUCUGAAUUCAAGGACGAAUUGGACCAAUCGUUCGCGAACGGUACUGUGCCAUAUAGGCCUUUAAUCAAGCGCAUUGAAUCGAGAUUUUUGGAGAUUGUUCAUCCGGAUCCUGACAUCAGAGAUUUUAUAUUCUCUCAUGUAAUAAAAUAUGUGGUGUCCCAAAGACUUGGUCUUCCCAUAUAUAGUAUACCAGUCGUCGGGAGUUAUUAUCAUAGAGAUCUACUAUUGUUUCUGGGCAAGUGGGGUCUUGAUAAAACGCUUUUUAUAAACCCCGUAGAGAAGACGAACAAAUUUAAAACUAGUACUCACAAAUCUAAAGUACUGACGAAAGUCCUCGACUCCUCUGACGAAGACGAGGAGUCUCUUCGUCAGAGUGAGAAGGGAAAUGUUCAAGACUCGAGUAGUGAUGAAUCUUCGUUGGAAGAAUUAGAAGAAUCUCGAUUAGAAUCUCCAGAUUCAAGUUAUACUGUGGAUCUAAAAAAACUGUAUCAUGGCCGUCACAAAAAAUCUGGUGAUGGUAAUUUGGAUGAAAGUUCGACCAAGAUUUCGAGUGCUAUAAAAGGAAAACAGACCCCAAAUAUUCCUAUCAAGAGCUCUCAGCGUAAAGAUAAAUCGAAUGCAGAGAAACAAAAUCAGACUAUCAGAGUUAAUAGUAGUAUUCAGGGUGAAUUGCUAACGCCAUUCGUAUCAACUACUUCCGCUGUAUCGAAAGUUAAUGUGAAAAAACGUAAAGAUACAGAGGAUUUAUCGGUUUCUGAGUAUUUAGAUUCUCGCAAAAAACGCAGUAAGACAUCAAACGAUAAAAAGGAGUCUCCUGAGAAUUCUCCAUCCGAGAAUCUUGCCAGUCAUAAAUUGCCUGCGGCAGAUAGGUAUGGUGAGACUUCAUCGCAAAAUAACAGUAAAAAAAGGAAAGCGGAAGGUGUCCAGAACUCGUCUGCUGCGACAAAAAUAAACCCUUUGAAUAAAUUGCUGAAACGAUCAGACAGCAAAGAAACCGGUCCGAUAAUCAAUAUAGUUUCUAUCGAGAAACUCAAAGGGACGGACGCAGUCAACCUUGAGACAUUGUUUGAUGGUUGUUCUGAUCAUAUCUCAUCAACGAGAUCCGUACCAAAGACUAAGACGGCCACACGUGAAAAACAUGGGCAUGAGAAGAAGUCACCUUCAAGACGCAAGAAUAACACUGAGUUAAGCGAUGUGUCGUCUUCCGAGCUUACAGGAGAUGAAAAUUACAUCGACCCAAUAUCGCCUGCCCAGAGAACUUUAAUCGGCAGUGCUACUCAAACUUCUGUAUGUACCGAUGGUGAGAAUUCGAUCCACGAAUCUGCACAAGUAACAGCAACCCUUGACGAACAAAGUGUUCACGAGCAGGCGUCACCUUCAAGCCGCAUGAAUGACACUGAGUCAAACGAUGAUCCGACUGCCGAGACUACAGGAUCCGAUCAUGAGAUCGGGCCAGUAACGUCUGCCCAGAGAACAUUGAACGACAAUGCCACUCCAACUGCUGUAGGUACCGAUGGUAAGAAUUUGGACUCCGAAAAUGAAGAAGAAAUAGCAACGGUUGAUCAACAAAGUGAUCACGACCAGACGUCACCAUCCAGUAACAACAAUAAAAAUGAGUUCGACGAUGAUUCUGUUGACCAGCUUAAAAUCGGCGAUAACGAAAUCAACCCAACAUCGCCUGCCAAGUGGGGUUCAGAUGGCAAUGCCACUCCAACUGCUGUAGGUACCGAUGGUAAGAAUUCAAUCCACGAAUCUGCCCAAGUAACAGCAACGCUUGACGAACAAAGUGUUCACGAGCAGGCGUCACCUUCAAGCCGCAUGAAUGACACUGAGUCAAACGAUGAUCCGACUGCGGAGACUACAGGAUCCGAUCAUGAGAUCGGGUCAGUAACGCCUGCCCAGAGAACAUUGAACGACAAUGCCACUCCAACUGCUGUAGGCACCGAUGGUGAGAAUGCGAUCCCCAAAACAGACGAUGUGUCUGCUGGAAAAUCGUCGGAAGUCCUAACCACCAUCGACCCAAAAUCGUCUGCCCAGAGGGCUGUAGAUGACACUUCCACUCCAACUGCUGUAGAUACCGAUGGUGAGAAUUCUUCAGUCUCUGAAAUUGCGGAGCAACGUCUUCAACAAAAUGUCAGGCAAGUCUGGACGUAUCCUUUAAGACGCAACAACGGCUUAAAAUUGGAUGAUGUGUCUGCUAGCAAAUCGUCGAAAGUCCUAACCACCAUCGACCCAAAAUCGUCUGCCCAGAGGGCUGUAGAUGGCAAUUCCACGUCAAUGUCUGUAGGUACCGAUGGUGAGAAUUCGUCAGCCUAUAAAAUUGCGAAGCAAUGUCUUCAACAAAAUGUCAGGCAAGUCAGGACGUAUCCUUUAAGACGCAACAACGGCUCAAAAUUGGAUGAUGUGUCUGCUAGCAAAUCGUCGAAAGUCCUAACCACCAUCUACCCAAAAUCGUCUGCCCAGAGGGCUGUAGAUGGCAAUUCCACCUCAAUGUCUGUGCGUACCGAUGGUGAGAAUUCGGUCCCCGAAACAGCUUCAGGUGCGAAUGAUACUAGGAUGUUGGUGGAUGAUCCUGACGAAAUACCACAAACGGCUAAACUUCAACAAAGUAAUAUUUUAGCAGCAGCUCUCAAAUCCACUACUAAGGCUAAGGCCAAGGCACGACCCACGAAAAAGAAGCCCGACGAACAAGUGUUCUAUGACAGUGAUGGAGAAAUAGAAGCUCCUUUUUUGGGCUUUCCUACUGUUAAAAAAAAGUGCGCUCAACCGAUUGAAGAAAAAGUGGUCACGAGUGAAACUACAGACACCCGAAACUUCAUAUCUUCCCGACUUCGGAAACGAAAGCCAAUAAACUACAAAAUUUGA